CCGAGCGCAUUAACCCGCAGACAGCUGAAGCGGCUUGGAGAGCGAUGGGGUUCGGAACCGGGAGAACUGGGUUAUCACUGGGACGAUGAGGGCGCGAGCACAGACUUCCUGAAGCGUUAAAAGCGCCGGCUGAGAUUUACCGACACUGGUCAUCAUGGACAUCCACAAGAAGUUCUCUUCCUGCUGGCAGAGGGUGGUGGAGUCCUGCUGCUCCAAAAGGCUCAAACCGAACGAACCCGAGCCCGAAAAGCAGGACACAGGGGUCAACAUUGACCCUGGCUCCACUCACCAACCGGAACCGACCUCCGCCAUCAGCAGACCCCUGCCGCCGACACCGGUCGCGGUGCAGCCGGUCCAGAGAUACAUCGCUCUGUUUGACUACUCUGCUCGCACAGAAGAAGACCUGAGCUUCAACACCGGGGACAUCUUGGAGGCCCUGGACAAGAGUCCCGGGGAGUGGUGGAUCGCCAGGGCCCUCACCGGGGUCUCGGCCUCCCAGCAGGGCUACAUCCCGGCCAACUACGUGGCUCCAGUGGAGAGCAUCGACGCAGAACCGUGGUAUUUUCCAGACACAAAGAGGCAGGAUGCAGAGAGGAUGCUGCUGGCUGAAGGCAACGAUCAAGGUGCUUUCCUCAUCAGAAAUUCUGAAAGUCUGAAAGGGGAGCUGUCUCUCUCAGUGCUGGACAAAGGCAAAGUGAAACAUUACAAGCUUCAAAAGUUAGAAAAUGGUUACGUCUACGUGUCAAAGACCAAACCCUUUGCAACUAUAAAGGAACUAGUAGACUAUUACACUGAACAGGCCAAUGGUCUCUGUGUGCGUCUGGGUGAACCGUGCAAAAAGAUGCAGAUGGAAGCUCCUCAAACCUACGGCCUGUCCUACAACACGGUGGAUCUGUGGGAGAUCGAACGCCAAUCUAUCGAACUGAAGAGGAAGUUGGGAGCUGGACAGUUUGGUGAAGUCCAUGAGGGUCUGUGGAACGGGACCACAUCGGUGGCAGUAAAGACCCUCAAGCCUGGUUCAAUGGACCCCAUAGACUUCUUGCAAGAGGCGCAGAUUAUGAAGAAGCUGCGACACCCCAAGCUGAUCCAGCUGUACGCUGUCUGCACCACAGAGGAACCCAUCUACAUCAUCACCGAGCUGAUGAAGAACGGCAGCUUGUUGGAGUAUCUUCAAAAAGAUAGGGGCACCACUUUACAAAUCACGGACCAGAUUGAGAUGGCGGCCCAGGUGGCAGCAGGCAUGGCCUACUUGGAGUCACAGAACUACAUCCACAGAGACCUGGCAGCCAGGAACGUCCUCGUUGGGGAGAACAACAUCUGUAAAGUGGCAGACUUUGGCCUCGCCAGGGUUUUUAUGAAAGAAAAUGAGAAUGUGUAUGAAGCCAAAGAAGGAUGUAAAUUGCCGGUAAAGUGGACCGCUCCAGAGGCGCUCCAUGAAAACAGGUUCACCAUCAAAUCUGAUGUAUGGUCCUUUGGAAUUUUGUUGUACGAGAUCAUGACGUUUGGUCAGACACCUUACCCAGGUAUGUCCAACAUGCAGGCGGUCCAGUGGCUUGCCAAGGGCCGCAGGAUGUCGUGUCCUCCCAAUUGCCCAACAGUUCUGCACAAAAUCAUGAUGAACUGCUGGAAAGAAAAUGAACAAGUGCGGCCCACGUUUGAGACGCUGCAGUGGCAGCUGGAGGAUUACUUUGACUUGGACACAUCUUCCUACGAUGACUCGACUCGAUAUUAGAAGGAGAAACUACCCAAUUAAAAACAUUUAAUUAAUGACUAUCAGAUUUCUAAACUAAUCUUAAAUCGUAUUUACGGUUAUAUGAAGGAUCUGAACUGUUUUCUCUAGGACAUUUAACUACAUCCACCCUGGUCUUGACUCGUUUCCUUCAGACAGGCAGCAGAACUUCAUUGUAACACUCUUGACUAGAAGAGGCAUCACUCAGCUGUUAUCCUUCGAUCUGAAGCAGCCAGUUCAACCGGCUGCAGCCAUACCACACAUUGUUUCCACUCCGUACCUGUCAAACAGGACACCUGAGAGGGGUGGAGCUGAACGCUCUGGUGCCUUACACUCUCUCAUGGAGUGAACAGACUUUUUU